AUGACGGUCAAUGUCUUCGCAGUCCCCGUGUUCUUCAUCGUGUUCCGCGAGACCUUGGAGACUGCGGUGAUUGUCUCCGUCCUGCUGGCCUUCCUGAAGCAAACCCUCGAUGGUCCGCAUCGCGAUGUCGCCGUGUAUAAAAAGCUUGUCAGGCAGGUCUGGUAUGGCACCGCCAUAGGCGUUCUUAUAUGUAUGAUCAUCGGCGCCGCCCUUAUCGGCACAUUCUACCGCUUUGGCAGGGACAGCUGGGCCUCUACCGAAUAUUAUUGGGAAGGCUCGUUUGCUCUAGUGGCUGCUCUGGUGAUCAGUGUUCUCGGUGCCGCUCUCCUUCGCGUCGCCAAAAUGCAAGAGAAAUGGCGGGUCAAGCUGGCCAAAGCGCUCGAGGAAAAGCCAGCAACGACCGAUGGCAAGAAAGGUGCCUUUAAGCGGUGGUGCGAGAAGUACGCCAUGUUCAUGCUUCCCUUUAUUACCGUUCUUCGGGAAGGUCUUGAGGCCAUUGUAUUCGUUGCUGGUGUCUCCUUCUCCUCGCCUGCAGCUUCUGUUCCACUUCCUGUUGUGAUGGGUCUGCUCGCUGGAUUUGCCGUUGGAUAUCUGCUCUACAAGGGUGGUUCCUCCACGAGCUUGCAAAUAUUCCUUGUCAUUUCCACCUGUCUCCUUUAUCUUGUCGCCGCCGGCCUCUUCUCCAGAUCAAUCUGGUACUUCCAAGCACAAGACUGGAACAAUAUCGUUGGUGGUGAUGCUGCUGAAGUUGGAGCCGGUCCGGGGUCAUAUGAUAUCGACCGAAGUGUAUGGCAUAUAAACCUUGGUAACCCAGGACUGAACGGCGGCAGCGGAUGGGGUAUCUUCAACGCCAUUCUCGGCUGGACCAAUUCCGCAACCUACGGUUCCGUCAUCUCGUACAACGUGUACUGGAUCGCAGUCAUCAUCGGCUUCCUCCUGAUGCGAUACAACGAGACGAAAGGCCACCUUCCAUUUAUGAAAGCCGAGAAGUCUGACGAUCCCGAGGUCAGGAGCAAUAGCUCUGACAGCAACGGAGUCUUCAGACAGGACAGCCAAAGCAAAGAAGGGACGGCUGAAACAACGGAGGUCCCAUCAAGGACGAUUUCCGAAUAG